AUGACGGAGGCGGAGGUGGCAUCGGGCAGCGUGCUCCAGGCAACCCAGCACAGCGGGCGCAAGGACGAUGCGGUGCGCGAGCACGUGCGCAACAUGUACGUCAACCUGCGCCGCCACUACCACCGCCUUCUCGUGUGCGGGGCAGAGCACGGCCGGGGAGAAGACGACGACGACGACGAUGAUAACAGCACUGAUACCUCUUCCCCGGCCGCUCGCACGAAGCAGCAGCAGCGGCGGCAGCAGCAGAAGGAUCCGCGGCUGCGGGUGACGUCCAAGGUGAACGUGGUGCAGGGCAUCAAGGCCAUGCUGCCGGAAGACACACCCUCUGCCCGCAAGCCUGGCGCUGAGGCAAUGGAAGAAGCAACGCGUCUUGACCACGCAACGGCGCGGGCGCGGGCCUUUGCAUGGUACCACGUGUGCUACCACCCCUCCGAGCUGCAGCGCGUGCAGCAGGAGGCACGCGGUUUCGGGCUGAGCGUGGCGCCUGUGUUUCUGAGCUUUGCGUGGAUCGGUGUGGACAUAUUGUGCCAGCACCUCGUCACCGACUGA